AUGUUUCAACAAAACGGAGCUUCAUCUGAUAGAACAAAACAUCGGGAAAGCUGCAAAAGAAAAGCUUCUAGCCACUUGGACUCAAAAAGAGAGCAUCGUGAUGAAUUGGUUGGAAAUUUCCAAAAAGAUGAAUUAUUCAAGAUUUGCGAAAUUGGAAUUGGAAAAAGAAGAAACUCAACGUCACCAGGAAAAACACCGACUGGAAAACCGAAAGUACGAGACUCUACGUUGAUUAAGAUCAACACAAAAGUUACGAACAAGAAAAAGGAGCCGGUCGAAGAAAUGGAAUUUGAGGAAGCCGCAAGUGAAAAUAUCAGGAACGAAGCAGUGACAAUGGACAAGCGCCAAACGCUCUAA